AUGGCACCUACACCUUGCUUUCGGUGUCAGAACAACCGAGCUGUUGUGAAGCGACCCAAGAACCAUCAUAAGCUGUGCCGAGACUGCUUCAUCAGAGUGUUCGAGGAUGAAGUCCAUCACACAAUCACAUCGUCAGACCUCUUCUUUCCCGGUGAAAGAGUUGCUAUUGGUGCUUCAGGUGGCAAGGAUUCAACAGUGCUGGCAUCAGUAAUGAAGACUCUGAACGAACGACAUGACUAUGGACUUGACCUAGUACUCUUGAGUGUCGACGAGGGCAUCAAGGGAUAUCGGGACGAUUCCCUAGAGACAGUCAAGCGAAAUGCUGUUCAAUACGACAUGCCCCUGGAAAUUGUUGGUUACGAUGAACUGUACGGAUGGACCAUGGACCAAGUUGUCGAGACUAUUGGAAAGAAGGGAAAUUGCACAUAUUGUGGUGUUUUCAGACGACAGGCCCUCGACCGAGGAGCCAAGAAGCUGGCCAUUCAGCAUGUCGUCACUGGCCACAAUGCUGACGACGUUGCCGAGACCGUUCUCAUGAAUCUAUUGCGAGGUGACAUGCCACGCUUGUCCCGAAGUACCAGUAUUGUUACCGGAAACGCAAGCAGUGAGGUCAAGAGGAGCAAGCCUCUCAAGUAUGCAUACGAGAAGGAGAUCGUGCUCUACGCACACCACAAGAAGCUGGACUACUUCAGCACGGAGUGUAUCUACAGCCCCGAGGCUUUCAGAGGAACAGCACGUGGACUUAUCAAGAACCUGGAGAAGGUGCGGCCAAGUGCAAUUCUCGACAUUGUACGAAGUGGAGAGGACAUGGCUCGACUUACACCAGACAAGGGCCAAGCUGCGUGUGGUUGCGACGAAGGCGAGGGACUUGGAGGGUGCGGGUCAGCCAACGGGCGGACUUCUGGUAACGAGAUGGCCCAGGUCGAGGCCAGCCUGAAGAAGAAGCACGAGUCGGCAGCUCUUGAGACAGAGAUUACAUCCAAUGGAACACCCAAGGACGACGCAGUUCCCUUGCCAGUAAGGACUAAGAAGCAAAAGGAGACACCUGCACCAAAACAGAACCUAGGGAAGUGUGUUAAGUGUGGUUACAUGUCGAGUCAGACCAUGUGCCAGGCUUGCACAUUAUUGGAGGGUCUGAAUAAGAAUAGAGCAGAGAUAGCGAUAUAA